AUGGGUGAUAGAGAUAAUAAUAAUAAUAGAGAUAGAGAUAGAGAUAGAGAUCGCGAUAUAGAAAGAGAUCGUGAUAGAGACUAUAGAGAUAAUAAUAAUAGAGAUAGAGAUAGAGACAGGGACUACCGGGACAAAGAAAGGGAUAGAGGAGGUGACCGUGAUAGAGACUAUCGAGACAAUAGAGACAAUAAUAGAGAUAGAAAUAAUAAUAAUAAUAAUCGUGAUAGAGACUAUCGAGACAAUAAUAGAGAUAGAAAUAAUAAUAAUAACAGAGACAACUAUAAUAGAGAUAACCGCCGUGACAAUAACUCAUCAUCAUCAUCAUCAUAUGAUAGAAAUAGAAGAGACAAUGGUAAUGGAAAUGGAUAUGGAAAUGGUAAUGGAAUGAAAGAUAAUGGUGUAAAGACAUAUGAAGACACUUAUUCAACUACUACUACUACAUCGACAACUACCAAUACAUCAAGAGGAAGAAGUAGAAGUAGAAGUCCUGUACCAAGAGAUACUUAUUCAAAAUCAUCUUAUCAGAAAUAUGGUUCUUCUGGUGGCAGUGGAGGUGGUGGUGGAAGACAUCAUCGUGGAGGUGGAGGUGGCCAGGCUGGAGACCAAUCACAAUCAUUUGUAGAAUAUAGAAAAAAUCUAAGAGAAAAUGCUGAUGUCAGUCCUAUUUGGGAAAGAUCACCAACUCCACCAAGAGAAAAGAAAAGAAAGGAUAAAGAUCAAGAUGAAAAGCGAUCAUCUUCAUCAUCCAAGAAAUCAUCAUCUUCAUCAAAACGUGACCGUAGUAGAAGUCGGUCACCAAGAAAGAGUCGUCGUGAUCGUGAUCGUAGUAGUUCCAGUCAAGAAGAACAUGACAGCGAUUACGAAAGUAGAAAGAGGAAGAAAAAAGAAAAGAAACAACAACGUAAAAAAGACAAAAAGGAUAAAAAGGAAAGACGCAAAAAGAAGAGAAAAUCAUCAUCAUCACUUGAUGACAGUGACAGUGGUAGCGAUAGUGACAGUGAUAUGAGUGAUUCGGAAACGGAUCCAGUUGGAAAAAUAAACCUCAACGAUAAAUCAUUGUGGGAGGAAAAGACACAAGAGAAUGUGUCGUUCCAGACACAGAGUGUUGGACCAAAGCCAUUGCCUCAGGUACUUGUUGGAAGUUAUGGUGGAGCUUUGAUGCCAGGUGAAGGUGAGGCUAUUGCACAGUUUGUACAACAAAACAAGCGUAUUCCACGUAGAGGUGAAGUUGGUUUGACUAGUGACGAGAUUACAGUCUUUGAAGACAGUGGUUACGUCAUGAGUGGUAGUCGUCAUCGUCGUAUGAACGCCAUUCGUCUCAGAAAGGAAGGUCAAGUUUAUUCGGCCGAAGAGAAACGUGCACUUGCCAUGUUGAACAAGGAAGAAAAGGCCAAACGUGAAAACAGAUUAUUAUCUGAUUUCCGUUCACUUGUUAAUUCACAAAUUCAAGAUGCUGAUAAAUAA